GUGAGUGCCAGUUUCGUCAAGAAGAAUCAAAGCAAGAAGCGAGAGGUACGCGUUGCGGUACUUCUUCGAAAAACCAAAAAUGCCUGCCCCGUCGUGGUUUUCGUCCGCGGUGCCAUCUUUCUUCGCACCGUCCAACAGGCAGCUACAGCAGCAGCAGCAUCUUCAGCAGCAAAACCACAACAAUCUUCCGCAACCAGAAUACUUCACCCCGGGAAGGAAAUUGCCACCGCCGGUCCCGCUAACCAACGAGGAGGUUUUCGUUUUGGUCACCACAACACUAGUUCUCACCUAUCUCUUCGUCUGCGUCUGCGAUUUGUGCUGGUUUGUGGGGCGGAAGGUUUUCCGGAUUUGUUUACUUCUGUGCGAUAGUGGAACGAGGGUUGUUUGUUGGCUUUUUUGCAGGAGUAGAAGAGGAAGGAACAGAGCAGAAAAUCAAAAUACUAACUCUCUCCUCUUCGAGAUCGCGGACGAGUUUGAAUUUCACGAGAUUUUGGAAGAGCAAGACCUACGGCUGGCGCAAGCGGUAAUAGCCUCGGCCGGCGGUAAAAUCGAACUAGAGAUGCUGAGUGAGGAAAUUAACAUCGUGCCGGCGGUGGUCGAGGUGGACCACGGGGUGGAGAUGGAAGAAGAUGAAGAGGACGACAACGACACGGAGCUACGCAGAACAACAUCCGUCGAGCAGAAUGGUUCUUCCAACGGCGAGGAGAAUGAAGACGCCCACAACGAGGACGAGGAUCAAGUUGAGAUUCUGGACGAGGAGAUCUAUGUGCACCACGACGGGGGGCCUCAGCGGUACGAGGAGCGUGAGCAGCUUCCUAGUGUAAGUGAAGGCCGGGUUCGGGUUGUUUCUGCUGCGCAGAGGGAUGAACUUCUACAUGAUCAGGAGUAUCUGCACGCCGACCAGUCGUCGCGUAGGCAACAGCACCUCGCCGAGCAGCUCACCCGGGAGAACUGGGAAGAGAAGAUUUUACCGGAACUGGAGCAGAAUUUGCAGCAGUUCCAACUACGAGUGGCAGCAGCUUCUGACUGUGUAAUGCUAGUAGAACAAGUCGUGGCGGAGAAAGACUACGAGCAACCCCUUACCCCUUCAACGAUCGAGGGUUCCCCGUUGUCCCCGUCGACGAUAGAGUACGAAAGCUGUAGUGGUGGUGUAGUUCUCCAUCCGCAGAGCAGCACAAAGACGAGGAGCAGCGGAUUUUCUAGUACCGCCACGACCCCAUUGACCACGAACUUUGGUCCGCCGUCGACCAGCAGCUCGUAUUCUUCCUCAUCUGCAACGCCUCUGCUCAACAUCCUCUCCGCCACCUCAUCCGCGUGUAGCAACUACCUUUUUCGCGACAUGAGUGGUGAUCAGCGCGGAGUAGAGACGACUAGCACUUCAGCUUCAGCUACUGAAACUCCACGGGGCGCAGCCGCAGCAGAGCUGAAAGAGAAGCAACCAAUUUUUUUGAGAAAUGAAAACAAGAAGGCGGUUGAAGGUAUGAGGGGAGAAACAAUAGCACUCUGUGGUCGCGGAAGGAUAUGUGUAAGUGGAUGAUUUAGAUGUAGCCGUCAAGGAGCUCAAGAAGAAGAGCAAGAUUGGUUUAUGCUGGUUGGCUCUUCUUGGGGAACUACUGUAACUAAGGGUUUUGUCCUGCUGCACUACGUAUGUCCAUACCUGUACCACAAGUGUAGGUAGUUUUCUGUUUUCCAUAAACCGCACGAAGGAGCUGCUUCGGCGGAAACUACUCGGGAAUAAGCGAAGGAAGUCGCUAAGGAAUUCCACGUCGUCUUCCAGGAGUGUAGCGUCUUCGAAGGUAGUAAGGCGCUCGUCCUCCAGAAAUAGCCCUGUGGUCCAGAGUAGCAAAUGCAAAAGUGUCUGGGUCUGGAAGAUUUCUAGGUUUGUCAUGUAUAUUUCGCAUGAGCUAUCAUGAUGCCUGUAAUGCAUGACCUAGCAUGACAGAUUUUUUGCGGGUAUCUUGAUGCCUAUCCCGCAUGACAAAUGCCCUCUCCGCGGAGCAAAAACUGGACGCCUCUUGCUGCUCAUGCAAUACAGAUUUUUUUAGAUUUCAAAAAUAGCAUCACAAGUUGCAUUCUUCCUGACCCAGACAUUUUUGCAGUUGAUACAGAGCAGGCGAAGCAGCAUUGCCAGCACCGCAAGUAGUUCCAAGAACACCUCUGCCGGUAUAUUACAAUGAAAAAUGCCCCCACCGCUGAAUCGUUGGGAGCAUUUGUAUUGCAAACCUUUCCAAAUGAAACAUUCGCUCUCUUGCAUCUAUCAGCAUCACAGGUUUCCAAUCGUGAAGAGCAAAAAUUUGUAUUGCAAAAGACCCCAGCAAGAGCGGCGCUUGUCAUGCAAGCGAUGCGAUACACUGCUAGACUCUGCAUCAGAAAGAUUCACACUCCUUUCAUGCAUGACAAAAAGUUUUCAUUUGGAAACUUCGCAUCACAAAUUUUUGCAAUUUCAGGAGUGGGGGGCACUUUUCACUGUAAUACGGUACCGAGAAUGUUGAGAACCUCGCAGCAUUACGCGCGCGGCCGUGGCUGCGGUCGUGAAGGGGCUAAGUAGUUGUGCGGGGGUUUUUUGAAUGCAAACUUCUAUGUAGGCCGAUACGCCUGUAGUCCCGGCAGUAGUUUCAGCAUAAUACAGUAGAAAAAAACCGUUUGUUGAUGUCGUGAUGCAGAUUUGAUGCACGCCCACGCCACACUAAGAAAAACAAAAACCCGAUCGC